GCUGAGGGGCGCUGGGAGGGCGAACGGUACCUGGUGGGGUACGGCCUGCAGAAAUCGGCAGGUAGAGAUCGCCUAGCGGCCCUUGACUGAGCCCUGGAAAGGCGUCUCCCGCGGGGACCGUCAAGUCUGACCCAAGGCAAAUCUUAGACACGCCUUAUCGUCCGCGGUGCAGACCGACCAGGGUUCCUACCUUAGCCGUGGACCAAGUCCACGGGGUUCCAGGGUCGCUCCAGUAUUCGGGGCGCCCUCACCUGCCCUAGGGCGGGACUUCCGGCCCUGGCCCCCACCUGGGCGGGAUUUCCUGUUUUCUUCCUGGGACAGGGUCCUGUGGACCCCGGGUGUAGUUGGGCUCUACACCCAGCAGUUCUUUGUGGCCACGUCCACGUUAACAGGCGGGCCGUUAACAACCCCGAUUCCUGAGCGGGGGGGAGGGGAGGUUCUGUUUUGUGCCCUGUCCUGAGAGGCGCUCUUGCUUACUGCCCGCCUGUCCCAUUGUCUCAAUUCCUAACAGGUGACAGGCCUUGGCAGAGGUCCAAGUAAGUCCCCUCCAUUGCUGCCUUCACCAGUCACUCACCUCUUAUUUCCACACUGCAGCCCUGUGGCUUACUCAGAAAAUAUAUCGUAGGGCCUACUGUCUUCCACCCCUUCCCCUCUGCUCAGACUAGAAUGGGCCAGGCCGUAUGACCUUGGACGAGUCAGUUCUUUGCCCUGAUCCUCGAUUUCUGUCCUCCAUUCAGAUAGGAAGGACAUGAGGUGUGUGUGGGAAUCGCUGGCCACCUCCUGGUGUUCUAGAGCCUGGAGGUUUAGCACACAGCAUCAACCCCACUUCUGCCUUGCAGCUUGCAUGCCUUCUGACAGGUGUCUCCAAGUCGAGAUGGGAAGACGGGAGAUCACAUCGGCUGAGACAGGCAGGGUGGUGGUCAGAUUGCCAGUGGUCUGUUGGAUCCAGACUGCCUGAGGUCCAGCUCCAGCUCUGCCUGUGACCCCAGAGUCUCAGUGCUGAAUCUCCCUGAGUCCAAGUUUGCUACUGUAAAGUGGGGUGAUAACUGCUGCUCCUUCAUAGAGGUGGGAAGGAUAAUGACCCCUCGCCCUACCUGGCAAUGAAAUACUAGGCAAAUCCUCUCUUCACCGUGGGCUGGGGUGCUCACUCUUCAUCUUGGUGUGGAAUCCCUGCAUGAGUAGACUCAGCAAGAGCAAGCUGCCUUCUAUGGGUGACUGACAUGGGGCUUGCAAAUUGAACUCUCUGCUUCCUUUCCCUGUGGCCCUGGCGGCCUUGAAUUCCUCCAGUAGCAGAUGUGCUCACUAACUCCAAGGAGGCUCCGCAGCUGUCCUGCAGUUCUAGCUCAUCCCCUCUGGGGCGCGGAUGGCGUCAGGGCGGCCAGAAGAGCUGUGGGAGGCCGUAGUGGGGGCUGCAGAGCGCUUCCGAGCUCGCACUGGUACGGAGCUCGUGUUGCUGACUGCAGCACCACCACCACGUCCAGGGCCCUGUGCUUAUGCAGCCCACGGACGAGGGGCCCUGGCUGAAGCUGCCCGCCGCUGCCUCCACGACAUCGCCCAGGCACACCGGGCAGCCGCUGCCGCCAGGCCUCCAGGGCCCCCACCAGCACCACAGCUACCCAGCCCUGCCCCGAGCCCUCCACGAAGGCUAGCCCUGGCCAGGGAGGAUGAUGAAGAUGAUGAGGAUGAUCCCACAGAGACGGAGACUUCUGGGGAGCGGCUAGGUGGCAGUGAUAAUGGAGGACUCUUUGUGAUGGACGAGGAUGCCACCCUCCAGGACCUUCCCCCCUUUUGUGAGUCCGACCCUGAGAGCACAGAUGAUGGCAGCCUGAGCGAGGAGACUCCUGCUGGCCCUCCAGCUUACACAGUGCCCCAGGCCUCGACGCUGCCCACCCAGCAAUAUGCCAAGUCCCUGCCCGUGUCCGUGCCAGUGUGGACCUUCAAAGAGAAGAGGACAGAGGCACGCUCCUCAGACGAGGAGAAUGGGCAGCCCUCCUCCCCAGACCUGGACCGGAUCGCGGCGAGCAUGCGCGCGCUAGUGCUACGGGAGGCCGAGGAUACCCAAGUCUUCGGGGAUCUGCCCCGGCCACGGCUGAACACUAGCGACUUCCAAAAGCUGAAACGGAAAUACUGAGCCUCGGGCCAGCGCCGCGCCUCACAGGAGCCGCCUCCCCGCGCUGCUGGCACAGCAGCAGAGCCGCUAGACUUCGGCGCCCUUCCAUCCCCAGCCUUCGGGGUCUGGAUAUGUCGCUCCUUUCUCCGCCCAGCAACAGAUUUAUUUUUUAAGGGAUUGGCCCACUCCCAGGGCGGAGCUAGUUCUAACCUUCUAAUAGGUCAGAUCUGUUUCUUGUCUAGCAGCAGAAACGUUGCUUGCACGGCAUUGGCUCUGUCAGGAUCCUGUCAAGGGCUCGAUCAAUCAACCACCCCAGUCUCUACCCUCAGUUGCUGAAUUCUCCUAUCUGAUUGGUCCCAGCCUCAUGGGGGCGUGGCCAAGACCGCCUCCAACCCUGAACUGGCCGAAGCCUUCAGUUUCUGUCUUUACACUACUGGACCAGGUUUCCCCGUUGAUAAUUGACCUUCUGAAGCCCACUUAGGGAUGGCCUCGUCCAGUCCCUGCGUUUGACACCUCAUUGGUCCCCUCCAUGACAGCCUGUCCAUCGAAGCCACCUGGCACGUUACCAGUUCCCUCCCCAUCCCAACAGGUGCCUUAAAGGGCUCUCUGUCCCACCCGCCGCCGUGGGGCUCUGGCCUGGCUCUCCAGCCCUGGUGCGGGGAGAAUGCAGUGGGCACCGGGAGUCGGGAGGGCGCUCUGGAAUUAAAAGAGUUUUCCCUCUGA